AUUUUGGGAAAGAUCAUGACCAGCUGUCAACCGCACCCCCAGGAUGAGGAGCAGAGCCCCCAGCUGAGCACCUCGGGGUACCCCCGCCAGGAGGUGGUAGACAAUGAAGUGUUGGGACCAUCAGCCCCUGGGGUAGAUCCCAGUCCCCCGUGUAGGUCCCUUUGCUGGAAAAGGAAGAGGGAGUGGUCGGACGAAUCUGAGGAUUCAUCGGAGGAGGAGCCAGAGAAGGAGCUCGCCCCUGAGCCUGUGGAGACCUGGGUGGCGGAGAUGCUAUGUGGGCUCAAGAUGAAGCUGAAGCGACGGCGAGUGUCACCUGUGCUCCCUGAGCACCACGAGACUUUCAACAGGCUGCUUGAGGAUCCUGUCGUUAAAAGAUUCCUGGCCUGGGACAAAGAUCUGAGGGUGUCCGACAAGUAUCUCCUGGCUAUGGUAAUAGCAUAUUUUAGCCGUGCUGGCCUCUUCUCCUGGCAAUACCAACACAUUCAUUUCUUCCUGGCUCUCUACCUGGCCAAUGACAUGGAGGAGGACAACGAGGCCUCCAAACGAAACAUCUUCUACUUCCUGUACGGAAAGAACCGAUCCCAGAUACCCUUGUUCCAUAAGCUUCGGUUCCAGUUCUUCUGUUCUAUGCGCUGCAGGGCUUGGGUUUCCCUGGAGGAGUUGGAGGAGAUCCAGGCUUAUGACCCAGAGCACUGGGUGUGGGCACGAGAUCGCGCCCGCCUUUCGUAGAGCACCAGGGACCACGGAGGCCUGAGGUCAUCGGCCUGAGGGAAGAACACCGGGCCCAGGGGAGAUGCGGAUUUUCAGCAGGAACUUUAUUCCAAUGCUAAUGGCAGACACCAGGAAGGAGAGGAGCCAUUUGUGCAGAUCAUCUAGAAGAACCUGGACUGUUCUAGAUGGAGCUGAAUAGAGUGAUCACCGUUGUCCUCCUAAGACAAAGUGGGUACUUCUAGGAAUCCACAGAGAACAGUGAGAAACCAGGGGUGUUCCUGGUUCCACCCCUUCCUGCGGCACCACCUCUCUUUUUAUAUUGCUGAAUUCCAACCUCCCUGGGGCGGAACCUGGAGGUCUUGUUUCCUAUGGACUUGGUUGCCACAGUCCAGGAGCAUUUGAAGGCACAAUGCAGACACUCAGAUUGGCACAGAAUUCUUUGUAAAAUAUGAGUGCCAUAGACUGUAACAGAUAGCUUCAUGCACACUAUGCAUUUAUUGGUUUGUUUGG